CCAUUCAUUCUGACGUUACAGUGGUCUAAAUAUAUUUAUUUUGUAAGAAAAUUUUAAGUAAAUCUGUGACACACUUAUGAACGUGUUAUAAGAAAAUUAAACCAUAAAUAUCAUCAUGUUCGUGAUAAUUAUACUCACAACCGUACAUCUAGUGAAAGCUGAUCAAAGUUCUCCUGAGGCUUAUACUAGAUAUCCUUUUCCAAAUAAGAUUACCGUUUACCGAUCUUUAAGGCAACCAAAAGCUAACAAUGAAAAAAUGCAAUACGCUCCUUUGCUCCUAAAUACCCCAGAAAAUAACUAUGACUAUACAGCAACAAUUAAAUAUGAUAAAAAUAUUCAAAAUGAUGAAGAGGACAUUUCCCAUUUGGAACCACGUUAUAAUGAGUAUUUUGGCCCAAAAAAACCUCCGUCUUUCGUACCAGGUUAUAAUUUAGAGUUACAAAGAAUUCUGGAAAAGGAAAGUAGAACGGAACAAAAUGUCAAGGUGAAAAACCACUUACCCCAUAUUCUAGAAUAUAACAUAGAGAGAGAAAAUGCCGGAAUUCCAUUUAAAAGUAACAAUAUUCAGCACAAUGUGAUUACCAUUCAAAAGGAUAAACCGGAUUUCAAAUAUAAUGAAGAAGGCCGAUUAAACAGAAAUAACAUCAAAGAAAGCGAUACAAGAUAUCCCAAGAACCUUUUAGACUUGGAAUCAAAAGGUAUUCAACCAUAUCUUGUUGUUAAAACGCCUCGUCUUCAUCUAAACGUCGCACGCGCAUACAACUUUGCGUUUAUUCCGCAUAAGGCAUUACCUCAUAUCAACGAAUUGUUGUUACGUAAAAUACCUUCGCUACACGAGAAAAAUUUGCACAAAACUUUCUUAGCUUCACAUUCUAAUAAAAAUAAUUGUCAUUCUCCACAACCAUAUUAACAUUGUAAACCAAAUUACAUACAUUAUAUAAAUGCCAUUAAUCAAAUUAUUAUUUAUUUUACAAUAUAUCUUAAGAGUAUGUAUAAUGAUUCUAUUCUAUCAAUAGACAACUAGAUUAUAAUAUGACAAACAAUAUUAAUAAUUGCGCCAUUAUC